CCGAUAUUAAAAAAAAUAAGAAGUUCGUUUUACAUAAUUAUAAAUUUUUUAAUAAACUUAUUGUUAUAUAUAGAAUAAACCUUAAAAAAAUUCCGUAAUCUUAUAAGAAAAGCUUAUAUAUAAUCUUUCGUAUGUGUGUGUUUGUGAUAAACUGAUAGUACGUUAAAGAAAAGUAUUUAAAUGAAGAGAAAACCGGUCAUAUUCAGGUAUGAUUUUUUGCGUUAAUUUUCUUUGAUAGUUUCAUCAUUUUUGUCGGAAGCGAUAGAAGGAGGGAUCAUGAAAUUUGCCAGUUUUUGUAAAUUUUCGAGAGUAAAUUGUGAUAAAUCAUAUUCCACCUCACACGGUAUAUUGUUAAGUUUAAAUUUCGCAUUAAAUUUGGAAAUUUUAUCGACUUCUCUCUUUGGGAGAUUUUUGAAUUUAUCGAUAAUUUUUUCGAAUUUACUUACUUUAUCAGAAAAAGUUUUAACACAAUUACUCGUAUCUUUACAAUCCGGACAAAGUUUAGGAGGUCUUUUCCUAACUCUCUUGCUAUUAUUUAGUUUUAUUUUUUGAACGUAU